AUGGCUGCCACGGUCGUGUCUUCCACAGAGCCAAUGCCAAAUAUGACGCCCGACUAUGAGGUCAGACUUUUGCUCAACCCGGCCAAAGUGCUUAGCUCCGAACAUGAGUUAACAGACAAUGUCCGAUCGGCUUUAAAUCUGGCCCCGACCGCCAUCAAACUGAAUGUGCAGUUUCUCGACACGUGCGCUAAAGAAAUAUAUACCGCCGGCUGGAGCGCUCGCAUUCGCAAGGCCGACAACGAGGACGACCUUGAGCUGACGUAUAAGAAGCGGUAUGCUGUUACGGAUGGCAACAUCGACUCCGCUCUCACUGCGACUAAGAAUGAUGGCUUCAAUGCAGGUGACACGAAGUACAAGGCUCAAAUCGAAUGGGGAUACGAAAGACAGAUACUCUCUAUCAGCCGCAAGAAAACUGUAGCUGAUGCUGUUGCUGGAAAUGACAAUAUGGAUCUGCCGGGCACAAGCGACUCGCGCCAAAUGUUAAUCGACGAAGCGCCGGACAAAUUCAAGAACUGGCGUCCCAACAAAUGGGGCACCAGCGUUUUAGCGAUGUCGCGGAUCUAUGGCCCGGUCUUCGUUAAGCGAUUUGUUGGCACAUGGGGCAGGAUCCCGCUUUACGUCGAGAUUUGGCCUCUUAUCAACUCCCAGCGCACAGGUAUUGAGUAUAUCGUCGAAGCUUCUUUUAAGACGGAGAACAUAAUGACGGCCUCGGAUGAGCGGAGCAACUUGAUCACCGACUUGCAGAGCAAGGGUUGGUUGCUCCUUAAGGAGUUACUAAAGACGCAGCUUAUUAUGGAGCGUUACUGA